CCGGCCCAAGAUUUGUAACCUAAAUUAGAUUAUUCUGUCUGGGUAGAUCCAUACCGGGCUGUAGUUCGCGGGACUUGGUGAACCCAACUCUGUAGCUCGGAGCCAGGAGUAUGCAUAGGGGUAGAGGGCGACCUCGCAGAGGGCCUGCAAGCCCACCCCCGGAACCCAUGCAGGAAGAACAAAAGGCUCCUUAUCAGUCAGAUGAGGAAGUGCAGCAAGAGGGGGAACCAGACCCUGUUUCCAUGACCGGCAUCAUGAGGGAGGUGAUGUUGUUGUUGCGUGCUCAGCGUCAGCAGCAUAUUUCAGGAGGUGGCCGAGACUUACCGGCCGAGUUUGAACGACAGGCACCACCACAGUUCUCAGGGGCUACUGAUCCGACAGUAGCUGACUAUUGGAUUAGCCAGAUGGAGAGGACCUUCCGAUCUAUACAAUGCCCAGACAGGGACAAGGUCAGGUUGGCCACUAUCAUGUUACGGGACAGUGCAGCUCGGUGGUAUGAGAACGAACUGCGCCUCAAAGGGGAGAGUUCUUUCAGGACUUGGAAGCAAUUCAAGGAAGCUUUCAACACCAAGUAUUUUCCGAUGAGCCAACGAGCACAGAUGGAAAGGCAGUUCCUGAAUCUGAAACAGGGAUCCUUGAGUGUCGGAGAUUAUGAGUCUGAGUUCGACAGGCUAUCGCAGUUUGCUUCGACCUUAGUGUCAGAUGAGAGCACCAGAUCUAGGCGCUUCAUAGAUGGCUUGAGGGCCCACAUCAGGCGGGCCAUCGCACCAUUCCUGGACAAGACGUACACUGAGAUUGUCGAUAUUGCUAAGAACCUGGAGAUCAUCUGGCAGGAGACGCAGGAUCAGGCGAGACAUGAGCACCCGCGGCACCACCAUAACCCUCGGAAGAGUCAGUCUUCCGGGAGUAGCUCAGGGAAUACUAGAGAGAAAUGCCGGUCACAGCCGUACAGCAGACCCCCAAGCUCAUCAUCAGGUUCUGGAGGCAGAGGAUCUUCCGGCAGUGUGGCUCAGGAUGUUCAGUGUCCUACAUGUGGAGGACGUCACACCCGUGCGAGUGUCGGCAGCCGUGGCGACAUGUUAUCGGUGUGGCAGUAG